AUGAUAAUUCGAUCACCUACUAUGAAAUAAUCGAUCAAUAAAUAAAAUUAGAGCUAAGAUCCCUUACUCAUCUUAACACCUCCAAGUAGCCUUCGUGAAAUUAGUUGUUCAUUUAGAGGUAAUUUGAAUCGAUAUGUUACAAUAUAAAGUAAGAGAAAUAGAUAAGAAUAAUCUGAGGAUCAAUAACAAUCAAAAUUAUUUAGAUCACAAUUGCAAAGAUUAUAUUAAGAAUCAUUUAUAAAAUAGAUGUUGGAUAAAGCUAAGCCAGCAAGCAGGUUGAAUAAUUAUCAAAAGUAAGUUCUUGAUGAUUUGUAAUUUGGUUAAGACACAUAAAUAGAUGAUAUAGAUAAUAGUUGUUAUAAAUUUAUGUUCAAUUAUUUCAAUAAUUAUCCUAUCAUAUAACCGUAAAGCAGUUUAAAAAUCAGUUCAGAUAUAAUUUUCAUUAUAAACACAUUGAUGAUAUUCAUAUGGUUGCCAUUUAAAUACUCUUUUGAAUUUGAUUCGAUUCUGAAAAUAUUGAAUUACAAUUAGUACAUAAUUGAAUACGUUCUGAUUGCGAUAUUGAUAUUUGAAAUAUUCAUUUAGUUUAAUUAGGCUUAUAUAUUUAAGGGGAAGGUGAUUAAGUAAUAAAUUGUUAUUGUAUUAGUUAGCGAUAUCAUAUAAUAAACAACUAUUUGAGAUAGGAUAUGAUGAAGGAUGUAAUUAGCUUGAUUUCUUUAAUAGUUUUAUUGCUUUAAACUUUCAAGGUUGCAGAAUUGAAUAUAGUUUUAUUAUUUGUAUUUGGUGUUUUAUAAGGGGCAAAAUUGUUGAGAGUGGUAGACAAAACUUAGGAGUAUUUUAAUUUUUAGUAAAAUAAUAUGGUUCCAUUGAUGAUAAAUUUGGCAGGAGUAUUGUAUAUAAUUCAUCUUGUAUCUUGUAUUUGGUAUACAUUGAUAAAGGAUUAAAAUAAUUAGUAAUAAUUUGAGAAUGUGAUUGAGUAAUACAUUGAAUGUUUUCAUUGGGCAUCAAUGUAUUUGACAGGUUCAGGAAUUUGGAAUAUAGAUUCAAGGAAUAAUGAAUAGUUAAUAUUUUCAUCAUUGAUAUCAAUAGUUUCAAUAUUGAUAAAUGGUUUUGUGACAAUAAAGAUAGGAUUUUUUUUGUAUAAUUAAUCUUAGAGGAUAAAAAAUAAUAAGUACAUAAAUAUGAUGUCUAAUUAUAUGAAUUUAAAUAAGAUAAAUUUGAAUUUGUAACAUAGAAUUCGAAGUUAUUUAUAAUAUAUAUACAAAUAAGAGCAGUAAAUGAAUGAGGAAGAUAUAACAUAGAUAAUGAGUAAGUUAUCACUUUAGUUAAGGAGUGAGUUGAGACAUUAAUUAUAGGCGAAUAUAUUGGAAUAAUGUAGAAUGAUAUCUUCGAAUUUUUCAUAUAAAUUGAGGAAAUAAUUAGUGUAUUAUAUGGAGGAGGUGAAGACAAUACCAGAAUAAAGGAUUUUAACAUUGGAUGAGUAGGAUGAUAGUUCAAUAUAUUUUAUAAAUAAAGGUGAGGUGGAUGUAAUAUUUGAAUAAACUAAUAAUAUGCGUGAGAAACAUGGACGUAAUUAGAUAAAGACUUUGGGAAAAGGAGAGUAUUUUGGAUUUUUGGGAUUUAUAACAGGGAGAAGGAGGACAGCAACAAUAAUAAGUAAAGGAUUUUGUUAAUUGUACAAAAUAUAGAGAGGGCAUUUUGUGAAUUUGGUUGAGUAAUUUCCUGAUGAUAAGGAGAGAUUUUAUAUGAUAAAAGAUAAGGUAGAAUUUGAAUAAGAUUUAUCAAUGUUGGAUGUAAGAUGUUAUAGUUGUAAAUCUGAGAGUCAUUUAGUAAAUAGAUGUCCAUUUUUACAUUAUUAGCCAGAUAAGGAUAGAGUGAUAAAACAAUAGUUGUAUCCAAUAAAUUAGGAGAGAGAGGAGACGUAAUAAAUAAUGAAAAUAUAUAUAUUAGAUAACGUAAAUCUAAAUAUAUAAAUGCUUUGUUAUAAUAAGGAGUAAUAGAGGAUUUGGCUAAAGAGAUAAUGAAAGAUAUGGAAUAGGUAGAGGGAAGUGAGAAUAUGACAGAUGGGGAAUCUGAAGAGAUUUAGACUAAGACAAUAAAAAGUAUUAUGUUGAAAUAUAUUAAAUAGGUACAUCAAAUUUGUAAACUAAGAGUUUAAGUAAAUCUUUUAGUUAAAAUAGUAAUUAAUUAAGUAAGUUUAGUCAUAGACCAUCAUAAACAUUAACUGUUGCAUUAAGUUAAAACUAUUAAUCAUCAAAAUCUUAAGAAGAAAUAGGAAGAUUUGAAUAAGAACUGUUAAAGAAGAUGUCAUCAGUACAUAGAAGAUCAUAAUAAAAAGAGACAGCAGGAUUUGGAGCAAGAUUCGAAUCACAGAUGCAUAAUCCAAUUUAAGAACAUGAUGAAGAGAUACCUAAUUUUGAUUUAGUAGAGGAAGAUAAUAAUAAUAAUAAUUAAUAAUAAGUGUAGUAGUAAUAAUAAUAGGAAAUCUAAAGACCUAUUUAAUUAUAUUCUUCAGAUAGAAGUCCCAGGAUAUAUAGAAGGAUUUCAUAAAGAGUAACAUUUGAUUAGAAUUUAUUCGGAAUGAAGAAUAGAAGAUCGAGUUUAGUUUAUGAGAACAUUAUUUAACAACUAUAUGAGGAUGAGCAUUAACAAAUAGAAUUUGUAAAAUUGCAUUCAUAUUAAAACUGUAGCCCAUGAUUACUUAGCCAUCAGUUGGAGAGUUUGAUAAAAUCUGUGAGUUUAGAGAGUAUUAUCCAGAGUAUAACAUUUCAAGAGUGAUGAAAGUGUUGUAGAGAGUCAAUUCGACAUAUCAUAAAUAGAAUAUAAAUUCAUUGUAUUCAUUUUUAUAUGUUGCAAUUCAAAAAGGACAAGCUAUGAAAGAAAGGUUAACACAUCUUUAGAGUAGAACUAAUAUUAGACCUAAUUCUAAUAAAAGGAUAUUUAAGUAUUUUAUAUUGAAUAUUUGAAUUAGAAAAGGUAAAGUUAAGACACUAUUAUUUUGA